AUGCUUAAUUUUCUCAAUCUUGUCCUCAUUGGUGUCGCGAUCUUUGGUGGAUUUAAUGGAGCUGCUUUGACUCUUCCAGCACCAAAACAAUGCUCUACUAUACUUUGCAUUGUCCUGUGCAAAUUCAUUCAGUUUCAGCUCUGCUUAAUUGCAUCACUCAUCUUUUUUCGAAAUUGUUUUCAGGUAAUGAAAGAGUUUGGAACCAAAGCCACUGAAUUCCAAAGCCAGUCAAACGAUCAGGAUAAGCGGAAUGAGUUCAAGGAAGCGUGUGAUUCUGUCGACGAUUGCUCUGAAAACAUAUGCAACGGAUUGCAAAAUAAGGACUUCAUGGCGGCAUUAGACACGGCGAAGACCUACUGCGUAGUUAUCAAAACGAUAAGAAGAAGGUUGAGGAAAAUUGUAAGAAUGAAUUUCUUUGGAAAGGACCAAUGUAUGAAGAAGGAGAUUGUUGCUCAAUGUGGUCAAAGAUAUUGGGAAUUACUCCGUGAUCACUUUAUCAAACUCGACGAGGAGGUCCUGAAGCAAUGCAACUUGAAGAAAAUGUUUGCUUGA